GCUCUCUCUGAUUGGCUUGGGCAGCCGCUGAGCCAUCCACUGUGGCUUGCCAGGAACCCCAGUCGGGCCUGUGAUCGAUCUCCUUGCUAAGACCGGCCCCGCCAUUGAAGCUCCCCUCUGUUCCCCCACCACAACUGACGUCGCGGACAGGGCCUGCACGUCCGUCCAGAGGCUGAAUUCCAAUCUAGACCUUUACUCUUGCAAGCGAAUAAACACCACAUGGGCGCAGUUGCAUCAAAUUCACCCAUUCUCGUAUGACCGAAUACGAUAAUUGACUCUCUCUCUGAUAUCCUUGUUCACCUCGUAGCCGAAAGAAGUGCUGCCAGUCGUGCGGCGCAAAGAAGUGGCCGGUUGGUCAAGAGCAAGGUUGGCCACUGCAGGAGAUCAAGCUCCUCCAGAUCCCGGUGGGUUUUCCAGCAAGAGCUGUUUCCUCGCGAGCUUUGCCACUGACCAUCCGUUGCCCACUGUCAGCUGGGAAUACAUAUAAGCCAUCAUCGGCCCUUUUUCUCUUUUGUUUGUACCGGCCAGUCCACCUAGUCUUCAUCAACACCUUUUCUCAGUUCACCUUGCACCCAAGAUGGAGACCCCAGCGAUUCCCAUGCCCAACGAUGCGCGGGAGCAGGAGAUUCUGCAGAAGCUCACGGCUAUCCGGGAUCAACUGCUGCUCCUAAAGAUGGACCGAACAAAGUACAUUCGGAGCCAAGAUGUCAUGGUGCAUUACCAGGAACUGGUGGAACAAGUCAAGCUGCUGAACGAGGUCCGAAAAGGGGCACAUCCAGGGGAGAACAGACUCGACAAGGUGCUCGAGAGCUGUUUCCAACUCAUCUCCCUUUUCUUUAUGACGAUUGGGCGAACGACCGACGUUCCCGCCGCCUAUGCCCUGACCUCGACUGUGAAGCGACUCCUCGAUCAUCUCACAGAAGCUGGUCUCUUCUCGCCAAAAGAUCUCGACAGCCUUUCGGAUACAUUGGGAAGGUUGGAUGGGAUCUUGAAGAACGCGAACGCACAACAUUCACCAUACCUGGUCGAACUCCUUUCCAAACGCGAAGAGCUAUGCAAGACGAUGCUUACAAAGUUGCGGGAAAAGCUGGACGAGCUGGAUAAACCUUUGCAGGCCAUCUAUGAGAGGUUAAUAUCUAUCAUGAGAUCAAUGUCGCUUGCCAACACCAAGACAAAGUUCGCCACAUCCGAAGUCCAGAAGCUGCAAGCAAAGCUCAAGGAGAUUGAAGAGUCCAGAGUGGAUGGCAAGUUUGUUGAUGAAGAAGGGAACGAAAUCCGUGGCAGCGACCUAGUCUCAGCACUUCUGGUGAGGUGUUUGAGGUGGUCAGAUAUCGUGUUGGAGAGAAAGGGGCAAAUACCUGAAGCUUUCAGAACAAGAUACGAGAUUCUCACCGGUGUGCGCAACGAUCUUGAAAAGCUUUCCAUCACGCAAGCCUGGUCCCUCCGAGAAACCGAUUUGUACGAUUUCCAACGAGAGCUCGACAAGAUUGACGAGAGUAGGGUGGACGGGAACUGGGUCGACGACGAGGGCAACCCUGCCGAACUGUACGUUCAACGAACGCUGCUUUACCUCAUCAGACGCAGCUACGGCUACAUUUAUUAUCUGAUGAACUCGUCUGAGCCAGUGUCAGAGGCUUUGUUACCGGUGUACAACCAGUUGCAGACAUUGAAGAGGUGUCUGGUGGAGGUCAAAAACUCGGGAGGCGUGAGCUCGGCUAGGGAGUUAUAUCCUUAUAGCAUGAAGCUCAAUUCAAUCGACAACAUGCGCGUCGAUGGCAAGUUCAUGGUUGGCAACGACAUUCCAGAGGGACAGGGAAGUGUCAGUGAGCUGCUGGCUGAGUGCUUUGACCUCAGCUACGAGCUCAGGGUGGCCGCGGAAGAACUAGAAGAUGGCAGUACUGAUAGCUAGCUGGCCAUGUUCCUUUCGGUUGUAUGAUAUUUCGGGUUUUUGGAAGCAUGGUUUUGCGCCAAGAUAUGUUGCUGAUGGCGUUAUGAACGAGUUGAUGACAAUAAUUGGGUGCAAUCGUACCCGAAGCUGAUUUUAGAGCACUGCUAUUAUGGCGUGCCAUAAUGGAUUUUGAGGUUUGACAGGAACAGCCGCCAUAGUUUUUACUUUGGGUUAUUUGAAGAGUUUCCUAGCGAGCUCGGGAUUGUAGUUAGACCAUUGGUCC